CAGCUCUCCGGGGCUGGGCCUCCCCAGCAGCCUCCCUCCCGCCAGGCCCCCAUUUGCUUGAACCUGGGCCUUCCGCUACCACCUCCUUCUCUUGCCCCUCUCCCCCUCUUACUCCUUCCAACCCUUGGCGCCCUUGUGCACCGCCACCGCCCCCUUCCUUUGCCUGUCUGCCUUUCCCUUUCAACCAUCUGAAAGGAAGGAAGGACCAGACUGAGUUCCCCCACUGGGGACACACCCAGAUUCAGCUCAAACUUGGGGAGAGGUCCUUCCAGAAGCCUCGAGCCACCCCAGACCUCCAGGGUGCAUGCGUGUGUAGGCUGGGGGGAGGUGAACUUGGGGAUGGUGGCUGAGAGAGCCUGGGAGAUAACAAGCUGGCAAGCUCACAUGGGUCGGGAGGACCUGUGUGUUACAUCACGUGCCUCUGGGUAGGCCCUACCCCAGAAUAAGCAGCCAACAAAAGUCUGAUUGUGAAUGAAUGAAUGAAUGAAUGAAUGAAGAAUGGUGACUGCCAUCCGUGAAAAGAGAGCUGUGGGUGUGCCUGACCCAGGACAGGUAUACGUCUGCACACAGUGUGGGUGAUGUUGGGUUCGUUCACCUGCAGGUGGGCUGUGUGAGUUUAUGUAUGUGACCACAUUCAUCUGAGACUCAGACGUGUGAGGAAACCUGCGUUUGAGCACAAGCACUUGCACAUGAGUCCUUAGCCAGGAUGGAGGCUGUUGUGAACUUGUACCAGGAGAUGAUGAGGCAUGCAGAUCCCCGGAUCCAGGGCUACCCUCUGAUGGGGUCCCCCCUGCUAAUGACCUCCAUCCUCCUGACCUACGUGUACUUCGUUCUUUCACUUGGGCCUCGCAUCAUGGCCAAUCGGAAGCCCUUCCAGCUCCGCAGCUUCAUGGUUGUCUACAACUUCUCACUGGUGGCAUUUUCCCUCUACAUCGUCUAUGAGUUCCUGAUGUCUGGCUGGCUGAGUACCUACACCUGGCGCUGCGACCCAGUGGACUUUUCCAACAACCCGGAGGCACUGAGGAUGGUUCGAGUGGCCUGGCUCUUCCUGUUCUCCAAGUUCAUUGAGCUGAUGGACACGGUGAUCUUUAUUCUCCGGAAGAAAGAUGGACAGGUGACCUUCCUACAUGUCUUCCACCACUCAGUGCUUCCCUGGAGCUGGUGGUGGGGGGUAAAAUUUGCUCCAGGAGGAAUGGGCUCUUUCCACGCCAUGAUCAACUCCUCUGUGCACGUCAUCAUGUACCUGUACUAUGGAUUGUCUGCCCUCGGCCCUGUGGCUCAGCCCUACCUUUGGUGGAAAAAGCACAUGACAGCUGUCCAGCUGAUCCAGUUUGUCCUGGUCUCGCUGCACAUCUCCCAGUACUACUUCAUGCCCAGCUGUAACUACCAGUAUCCAAUCAUCAUCCACCUCAUCUGGAUGUACGGCACCAUCUUCUUCUUGCUCUUCUCCAAUUUCUGGUAUCAGUCUUACACCAAAGGCAAGCGGCUGCCCCGUGUACUUCAGCAAAAUGGAGCUCCAGGUACUGCCAAAGUCAAGGCUAACUGAGAAACAUGGCCUAGCUAGGCGCCCACCUAAGUGCCUCAGGACUGCACCUCGGGCAGCAUCUGUCAUUGUCCUCCCCAGCUACACCUGUGACCAGGGCUUAUGUGGUCAGGACUGAGCAGGUGACAGGUCCUCUGCUCCCCACAGCUGGUACACAGGGACCACUGCUUCCAUUCCUCCUCUUCUGGCCAGCCCCAGGGACAAGGCCUCGUUGCCCUCUGCCACUCCAGAGCCAGGGGCCGAAAGGGCUGGACACUUAUUUCCCCCUCCCUGCCUUACACGUGGGAGAGGAGCACUCAGGGCUGGCCCCCACCAGGGUCGUGUGGCCUUUUUCCUCACACUGAAGAGGUCAGCAAUAAUCUGUCACUGUGGACCCAGGCUCCCUCCUUCUCCACCCCACACUGAAGUAGGAGCUUCUUGGCCAAAGGUCAGGGUGGUGGGGGCCUGGGAAUACAGCCUGUGGAGGCUGCUCACUCCUUUAUGUCUUCAUUAAAAGUGACAGAGGAAACCA